AUGAGCCUUGAUCCGAGUGCCUUUCCGAGGUCGAACUCCCCCGCAAGCUCCGAGAGCUCCUUAACGCGCACGCGCUUGCAGGGAAAAGAUGCCCUAGGAUCCCUCAAGAAGGACAAAAGCUACCGUCGUUAUGCGUCAAGUGUCGAACGAGCGCUGUCACUGUUUGACAACGCCCUCCAAGAAUGGGCCGACUACAUCUCCUUCCUGAGUCGGCUUUUGAAGGCACUUCAAACCCACCCGCCAGACCAACCAAUUGUACCCCAUAAGGUGCUAGUCUCGAAGCGACUGGCACAAUGCUUGAAUCCGUCAUUACCAUCCGGAGUCCACCAAAAGGCGCUCGAAGUCUAUACGUACAUAUUUGGGCUGAUCAAGCUCGACGGACUGUCGCACGACCUGCCUUUAUAUCUGCCUGGCCUUGCGCCAACCCUGACAUUCGCCUCGCUCACUGUUCGCCCGCUUUUUCUAUCAUUGGUGGAGGGUUAUAUUGUCGACCUAGAACCAUGGGCCAUUCGGCCAGCCCUGAAAGCAAUUCUCUUAGCCCUGCUCCCUGGCCUGGAGGAGGAGACAAGCGACGACUUUGAGCCGACACUACGGAUCGUCAACAAGCUUCGCGAGGUAGGCGGGCGGCUUGAGACCCAAAAAACAUCUGAAUCUGGGGCUUCUGGGCAGUAUUUCUGGCAAUGUCUGUUCCUCGCAUCGAUCACAAACCCCAGCCGACGACUUGGUGUCCUAGCCUACUUGAACCGCUACCUACCUAAAUUGGGCAUUGCCAACCGUCGUCAGAGUGCGGCUGAUACCAGUGAUGUUAAAGACUUUCCACCUGAGAUGCUUGCAGCAGCAGAUUCCGUGAUACUCCCAGAACCGGGCUUGUUGAUCCGAUGUUUCGCAUCAGGUCUUUCCGACGACCAACUCCUGGUUCAGCGAAACUUUCUCGAUCUUCUGGUGACCCAUUUGUCACUGAACUCUCCAAUUCUACAGACGCGAAUCACGGACCGUGAUCUCGAAACUUUAAUCGUUGCUGCGGUGGGUGUGGUCACUCGACGCGACAUGGGCCUGAACCGCCGACUCUGGGCAUGGUUCCUUGGCCCCGAGCCUGCAAUUGAACGUGAGCGUUCAUCUGUUGAUGGCCAAAAGGUUCCGUCAGAAACUGGCCACGUUUCUGCCGAUGCGAAGGAGCUUUCACAGUCUCAAUAUUUCAGCCGCGUGGGUUUGCAGCCCUUAGUAAAUGGUCUUCUCAAGAUGAUCAAACAAGGUUCUAAGAUUCCUUCUGAGAGGACAAAGCCCUUUCGCAUUGCUCUCUCCUUGAUGGAUCGCUGGGAAAUCGGUGGUUAUAUCGUUCCAGCAGUUUUCCUUCCCACAAUUCGCAGUGUCCAAGCCUUCGAGAAAGAAGCUCCCAGGAAUCAUUUCGAGGAAGUCUUCCGCAGUGCUAGCGCCUUUUUUGACGGUGUGGAAAGCAGUGUCAUCUUCUCCGAACUCUUAGGCCUAGUUGAUUUCCGCUCUAAUGAUGUGGAGCGUGAUCCUGACCAAGUUUUGCGAAGCCUUGAUCUUGCCCGGUUCAUCAUUGAUAAUUUCAAUGUGCGAGAAGAAGACAUGCUUCAGAUUCAUGUUCCUUUGUUAACGCUAUCGGUACUCGUCAGAAUGCGUGAAAUAUCUUUGCAUACACCCUCACCGGGAGCCAGUAUUGACAAACAAGCCGUAUCCAUUGCGUUGAAUAGCGUGCUGAAAUCACUGAUUCCACUGCUUACGGAGAGGGUAUUCUCAAGAAAGACAGGCCACGAGAAAUCCACUGCUGACACCAAGACUCGAAAUCAUGACAUUCUGAAAAAGAUUCAUAGUUUCUAUGAAAGCAGCAAAAAUAGCCUCGAUCUUCCUCCUCUUCCAUUUGGCCCGAAGCAGAUCAGCGAGAUGAUCAUUCGUGAAGCUCACGAUCUAUCUGUCGAAGCACUUGAGAGUGAUGAUAACACCUUAUGUCUCCACGAAAAAGUCGACAUCCUUGUAAAAUUGCUAAUGAAGCUGCCGAGGUCCCGUGUGCUCCGUGAUAGGCGGCUCUACGGAGCACUAUCUCGAAAAUUAGACAAGAAAGACAACACUCCAAGCACUGCCUCCUUCGCAGUCAUUUCUACCAUUGCCUCCGCGUUGACCAACUUGUUCUUCAUCCAUAGCCUCGGCUUCUACAUCAGCUAUGAGGAUGCCUGCGGUCUGAUUCCUGACCUAGUCGAACAGCUCUGGCAAUACCUUUCGCCAUUGAGUCCUAAAUUUCAUGUUGAAGCGGUUAGGUGUCUAUGGUCGCUUCACUCAAUUUCUUGGGUUGAUCACCUUGUUGAGGCAUCGAUUACCUCUCUAAUGGUCAAUUCAUCAUUCACAAGAUCCUACCAUCUCUCAUCGGAGGAACAAGCCGAGAAGUUCUAUGUACUUUGGAACCACAGCCAUCAUGGCACGCACGAGCAACCUCCUAAACAGGUUCUUGAGGUUGGGGGAACAUUAUUCUCUUAUCAGUGUUCGAUGCUCGAACGUCCCCUGUUCAUUGUACUUGAUCUUCUAUCUCAAGGACCUGGAGAUGUGUCUCAGAGUGUCCAGCAAUGGCUCCAAGACCUCCACUCUAUUCAUAGAAUUUUCCAUGUCGUUAUCUUGAAGCUCGAAGAGUUAUUUGAGCAUGAUAUCUCUGGUGCAAUCACUGAACAAGACAAUUCAAUUUCCCCGGACGAUUACAAAGAGUGCAACUAUCUGCUGCGAACAGCCUCAAACAUCAUCGCGUCACUUUCUCAUAGCGGAUGGGUCACGCUUCUCACCCAUACACUGGGCCAGGCUGACAAGCAUCCGGACGCAUCCAAGUCUGAAGAUGGUGGCAAUGUGAAGAGUUUCCAUGCGACAAUAUUCCAGGCCUGCCACGGAAUUAUCAGCGACAAGGCGUUGACAUCAACACAGGGCAACUUGGAUGGAGAGCGAUUGCAAAGAGAUGCCCUUCAUCUCAUGCGACAACUCCUUUUGGGACCAGGUGCAGAGGACCUGGCGGAAUCUGGAAUUGAUGAUUUCUUGGUCGAUCGCCUUCUGAUUGCCUCGGAUGAGGGGGGGCCAAAGCAUCAACGAGCCGCCUCUCGUGAACGUUUGACCAGUCCUUCAAUAUUAUCUUUCACAAGUGACAAGGCAGAUAGAGGCCAGCCAUUGCCUCAAUUUCCUCGCCCUCCAGAGCGACUUUUAGAUUGCCUGCUCAAGGGCAUCAGCUCAACAAAAUCCCAUGAGAUUGUGGACAAGUGGAUUGGACUCCUUUGCGAGGUGCUCCCACUCUAUUCAGGCUCGCUUUUCCAAAUUCUGCUUAUGUUGGUGGAAUGCUUCUGCAGAGAGAUCAAAGCCUCCUUUGGAAGACUUCAGCUCGCGUUCCAACAAACAGAGAACUGGCCGCAAGACCGAUCUGAACAGGUUACUAUUGCUUUACUCACCGGUCUUGAAACAUGCAUUGCCAACGCCCAUGAACGUCUUCUCGUGGAGGAAUCGAACAUUCCGGCCGCCAAGAGCCCAGAUCAGCCCCAAGGCUUUUUCGGAAAUAUGGUGUCCGGCGUGUUCAACUCGGAAGGCAACCAAGGCCGGUCUAAUACCGCUAAUGAUCGGUUGACAGUCCUUCUCUGCUUCCAGGAUGCCGCUCGUCUUUGUUUCUCUAUCUGGGCCUGGGGCGCAGGAGAUCGGACUGGCUCUCCAGAUUUCGAAUCAAUUGCAUCCUUCCAGUACACUUCGUUGCGAAUGAGAAAUAGAUCCAGACGAAUUCUUGAACACCUGUUCACUGCAGAGGCGCUUGAAUGUCUUGAGACAUUAGUUGAAUUGUGGACAAAAUCUGACACAGAUACCGCAGCGCUUAUUUUUAACCUCCUGCAUACCCUUGAUGGCUCGAGCCCGAAGAUCGCUAUUCCUGCCGUAUUCAAUGCGAUCUACACACGAACAAAUCCUAGCGCAUUAGACAACCAUCGCAAGUCAUCUUUGACCACUAGCCUGUCCGAGUCUGAACUAGCCAGUUUCUUGGUUGCCUAUGCUCGCUCCUUGGAUGAUGAUGUCCUUGACGAAAUUUGGGCCGACUGUACGAUUUUCCUUCGUGAUGUGCUCAGCAAUCCUUUCCCUCAUCGUCAGAUCCUUCCACGUCUCAUUGAAUUCGCGGCUAUCCUGGGCUCAAAGUUGGAGAACACAACAUUCGGUGAAGACCGUCGCAUGUGCAAGGAGCUUGGAGAUGUUCUUCUCCGUCUUCUUACAGCUGUCUUCGCUAGCAAACCAUUAGGCCUCAACCAGGACGCUGGUCUUUUAGCAAGAUCUUCUCUCGAUUAUGACCGGACAGCAGUUUCGCAUACUGGACCAGAUGACAUGCUAAGCAUUCUUGCUGUCUCCAUGCCAUCUUUCAUCACAACCCUGGGUGACUCGGACCGCAUCAAUACCGCCAUCAACGGUGUGUCAACCAAUGUGGUUGGUCCACUCAUCCGCUCUCGGUUAUUCCCCAACAACCUCAACCGCAAUGUGAUGGUCCUAUUGCAGCAAAUGGCCAAAGUGCCCGCAGCCGCAAAGGUAUGGAAGAAGGAUAUUGCCGAUGCAUUCAAUGAUCCACGCUUCUUCGGGUUGCAGGUGGAUCUAAUCAAAGACAACUGGAUGGACCUAUUGCGACAGUGGGCGAUUGCAGACAAAGACCGGCUGGGGGAGCUGUUGAGUCGCCUCCCACCGCCCAGCGCUGCUGGGAUCAUGUUCGGCGUGGGGGCAUCUGCGGCACGACUAGAAGCUGACCGUAGGGCACAACUCAAUCUGCGUCGUAUUGCAGUGCUCCUGCUGUCUGCCAGUACCGAUUAUUUCGUGGGCGAAUUGCCAGGCCUUCUCCAGAAACUUGAGGAUCUUCUAGCAGCCACCAGCUCUUCUUCUCCAUCAUCUGCAACACGGGCAGAGAUCUUCAUGGUGCUCCGUGCCCUCGUACUCAAAACAUCUGCUCCUGCCAUGGCGCCUUUUUGGCCGUUGAUCAACGCAGAGCUGCAGGAAGCUGUUUCUGCUGUUCCACAGGGCUUGCAAUCUGAUCUCUAUAACCCUUACUCCCUACUACAGGCCUGCAAGCUACUAGAUAAUCUCCUGGUCGUCGCCCCAGACGACUUCCAGCUUCUGGAAUGGCUCUUUGUGACUGACACCAUCGAUGCAGUCUACCCGCCUAAUCGCUGGGAGCCGGUUGCCCUCGCUGAUGAGGUAUCUCAAAGCUUCGGAGCACGCAAUGCUCUGACACCAUCUAUUUCGCAUGAGCACACGGAGUCCGCAACUCGCGGUGGUCUGAAGCGGCCGUGGCUUAUCUCAGACCAUAUUCGAGAGACGGCAAAGGACGAGAUCGUCGAGCGGGUCCUGCGACCGUUCUUUGACCGGCUGAGUAUCUACGUAUUCGAGAGUACGUAUAGCAUGGAAGGUGCAGACCUAAGUGUAUGUCGGGAUGAUCUCUUGGCGGAUUUGUUCAACGAGAGCACUAUGGCAAAUUAA